GAGGUCGGGACUCGGGUGGGGGCUGCUCCCUCCGUGUAAGAUGGUGAGCUCCCAGUCACCAGGGCUGUGUAAGCAGAAGUCAGCCCUGAGCUGAGCCCCCUAACCUCGGCUCUGAGCGCUGAGCACCGCGGGGUUCCGGCAACUUCCACCCGCUGAUGGCCGCCCCCUCCCCCAGGUCCUGCCGGCCGCCCCUAUGACCAACAUGAGCUGGAGCUUCCUGACGCGGCUGCUGGAGGAGAUCCACCACCACUCCACCUUCGUGGGCAAAGUGUGGCUCACCGUGCUGGUGGUCUUCCGCAUCGUGCUGACGGCCGUGGGCGGCGAGUCCAUCUACUCGGACGAGCAGGCCAAGUUCACCUGCAACACGCGGCAGCCAGGCUGCGACAACGUCUGCUACGACGCCUUCGCGCCUCUGUCCCACGUGCGUUUCUGGGUCUUCCAGAUCGUGGUGAUCUCCACGCCGUCCGUCAUGUAUCUGGGCUACGCCGUCCACCGCCUGGCCCGCGCCUCCGAGCGGGAGCGCCGCCGCGCCCUCCGCCGCCGACCCGCGGCCUCAGAGAAUGUCUCUGGCAAUGGGAUCUGGCUGCAGCUGGCCACUGAGGCCAGCAUGGGGCCCUUGGUUACCCGCAGCCUCCGGGGGCCAGGCUGCAGUGCCCUCGCCACUCAGAAGGGGAACAGCAGUCACAACCUCCAUGCCAUCCACUGGUCCUACCUCCAAGACCACCUCCUUGACAGUCUGGACACAGCCACCAUCUCAGGCCCAAGCCCCAAGCCCCUAACCCAGCUAUCAUCUCCCACCUGUGCAUGA